AAGAUCUUCUUCUUCUUCAACAACGUCGUCAUAUAAGUGUGAACAUCAAUCUCGUCAUGCGUGGGGUACAACAGAACACGAAGAACCUAGUUUCAUAAUUGCUAGAGUUAGAAAACAAUAUUCUUCUCCUCCUCAUCAUAAUUUCCAUCAUUUGGAUAUUAAUGAAGAUUUUAAUCGUUAUUAUGCUCCUUGGAGCAAUAAAAAUGAAUUUGAAAUCGCUUUAAAUAAACUUGAUCGAUAUUAUCAGAAUUUGUUUUAUUCAAAGUGUUAUGAACCUUUUAUUCCCAUCGUCUAUGAGCCAUCACCUAUUUCUUAUGAUCGUUCUAAAUUCGCGACAUUUAAACUAAUUCAAAGAGUUCAAGCUAAUCGGCCCGAAACGAUUCAAACUCUCUUAAAGUAUGAGAAAAGACCUGGUCAAGCGCAAAGGUUUUUUGCUCGAAUUAACAAGGACUUCAGGUGGCCCUCUUCGAUGCCAGAAUACCUUAGAAAGAGUGCCUUCUAUGACAUCGCUGAAGAUGGGCCUGACUUCGAUGCUGAGAUUGGGUUUAACAUCAUAUUCUUCUACAACGCACUUGACAGAGGUGAAUUUAUUGGACAUGAAAACGAGUGGGUGACGGUAUACAAACAGAAGGUAUUAGAAUGCGGGCAAAGGUAUGAUGAUGAUAAAUUGACCUCCGUUCUCGACGCUAUGCCAAGUGCUGUCCAAAUCCCUGUUGAUCAGACACGUUUGCCACGUGGUCCACCGACAAAGAUGGUGACAGUUUAUCGUACCAAUAAUGGUAACGAUUACAAGGUCAGAGUUCGUGUCAGAAGACCCAAUGAAAGUUUAAUCGCUCUUCUUCCACAUGAUUUUAUUGACGUACAAGACAACAACAAAAUGUAUUCGUGCGUGGUCGAUACAGGUGCUCCACAUACAAUAUUACCGCAUUAUGUUAAAAAAACGCUUGGAAGGAAGGGAUGGAGUACGCUUAAAGCAACUGCCGUAGGUUAUGGAGAGCCUACAGAACAAUAUUUUGCAUCUCAAAUGUUUGAGGUGUCAAUUGGUGACAACUACAACUGGAGCAAAUGGGUACAGGCAAAAAUUGGAGUCUGGGAUAUUUGUCCCGGCGAUAAGGUGCAAUAUGCCCUUGUCGGUAAUGAUGUUUCGGAUCAAAUGGCCUAUAUACAUGAGCCGGGUAAACCAUUAAAAAUUUAA